AUGUCCUCGGCUUCACCAGCCAAGCCGCCUGUCCCACUACGACACAGGAGAUACAAGACCGUCCUUGCCUGCGCGACCUGUCGUCGUCGCAAGGUCAAAUGUGACGGCCUUCGUCCAGCCUGUGGAAGAUGUCAAAGGACCAGCGAGCUCCAAGAGCCAUGUACUUAUAUGUCGACGUCAGCCCGCCGUAGCAGUACUGCCAACAAUCAUCUUUCAUCAGCUGCGGCAUCUCCACAACUACCGACUCCUGUUACGCCCGCUCAAACACAUUCGUGGCAAUCGGAUGUGGUCGAGACUUUCAGCGCUAAUACCCCGGGUAUUUCAGGGAAAUUCUCUUACGCGGUCAAGGCUGCUGUGAAUGCCAGAUUGGGGCUACCGUCCUCCAAAAAACGAUGCCCUAUUCUUCUGACAGACGCCCCGUUAUUUGGCUUGUUGUCUCUUCCAGGGGUUCCGGAUCUCGGUAUAAAUCCUACGGAUAUUGUCCUACCCCCUCGCAAGCAUGCGGACCGCUUGGUGAGCCUCUACUGGCAAUGUCUUGACCCUCUGGAACCGCUGCUUGAUCAGAGAUCUUUUGAUGCCGCCUAUCAGGCACUAUUCGACGGCAGUGAGAUGGAAUUCAAUGAGCAGAUUUUUCUCUGCACGCUCAACCUCGUAUUUGCUUUGUCCACUCAGUUAGAGGAAUCAACUCCUUCGGAACAGAGAAAUACUGCCAGUAAAACGUUCUUUCUUCGAGCCUGGCAUCUGUUGCGUCCGGAGGUCAUCCUCUGGCAAGCAGGCUCGUUGGAGACCGUUCAAUGCCUGCUUCUCAUGAGCAGGUAUCUUCAAUGUACCACAAAUCUACAGCAGACGUGGAUGGCACUGGGUUCGGCCGUGCGGAUUGCCCUGAGCAUUGGCCUCGACCGCGCCGAGAAGAAUAUGUUCGGGUCGGAUAGGGAGAACCAGUUGGCGCGGGAUGUUUGGCAGCAGAUAACGCAGGAGUUGAACCAAAUCACCGGCUACAUCGGUCUUGCUCAAGCGCUCACUGACAGCAUUCCAGCAGUGAGGCAGGACUUGGUUCUGCCAACCCAAGCAGAACCCAGUGCCCUCAUGCAAAUUGACGAGUGCCUUACUGGAUUAGAAAACCGACUCCCUCCCGCCCCGUACAAUACGUCCAGGGGUGAAACUGCUACUCCCCUCGACGGAAGGCUGAUUCUUCUUCGUCUGCGUCUCGUGCACACACGUAUCAUGUUUCUCAGACCUGUCAUCGCUCGCCUCUGUCUAUCCCAUGGGCAAACGCAGAAGGUUCCCCGACCCGCUGAAACGAGCGUAAGCGACCACGUCCUCGAAGCAUGCGCCACGCUGUGCGUCAACAACGCACAGAAGCUCAUCAUGCUGGUUCAGGAGUGCUCGCGACCAGACAGGACUGGACUUAUACCCUGGUGGUACCGUGUUUUCUACCUCUACAUAGCAAUGCAGCAUUUGAUAGCGGCGAUGCUGCGACCUGAUCUUUUCGGAACUCUGGUCCCGAAGUCAUGGAACACAGCUGUCUCAGUAUUUAGUGCACACGAGCACCUCAGUCUCUCUGUGAGGCGAUGUCUGAACAAGCUUCAGAUGAUGUGGCAGAGGGUCAUCGAUAUUCACUCUCCACCUACUCACGAAGCUCCUCCAUCCAGCAUGGACUACAACACGGGGCUCCAGGACAUCUUUGGGUAUCUUGGGUUUGAUGCUCAAAUGCCGCUGUUCGGGCUGGACGAUUCAGCGUGGCUGGACAAUGUGGAUUGGACAACUUGGUCGUCCUAG